AUGCUCAUUUACUUGUUUCACUUUUCCAACGCUCUUUUCUUUUUUAAAAGGUGUCCAAGCUACAUUGAACCACAAAAUCUAACAAGUGUAUCAGAGUUCUUCCUCAUGGGCCUCUCAGAUGAUCCAGAACUGCAGCCCCUCCUCUUUGGGCUGUUCCUUUCCAUGUACCUGGUCACUGUGCUUGGGAACCUGCUCAUCAUCCUGGAGGUCAGCUCUGACUCCCACCUCCACACCCCCAUGUACUUCUUCCUCUCCAACCUGUCCUUGGCUGACAUCAGUUUCACCUCUACCACAAUUCCCAAGAUGAUCAUGGACAUCCAAACUCAGAGCAGAGUCAUCUCCUAUGUGGGUUGCCUGACUCAAAUGUCUUUUUUUAUGCUUUUUGGAUGUUUGGAUAGUCUCCUCCUGGCUGUGAUGGCGUAUGACCGGUUUGUGGCCAUCUGUCACCCCCUGCACUACUUGAUCAUCAUGAACCCCCGCCUCUGUGGCUUGUUGGUUUUGGCGUCAUUUUUAAUCAGCCUGUUGGUCUCCCAGAUGCACAAUUCAAUUGUGUUACAACUUACUUACUUCAAGGAUGUGGAAAUUUCUCAUUUCUUCUGUGAUCCUUCUCAACUCCUCAACCUUGCCUGUUCUGACACUUUUAUCAAUAACAUAGUUAUGUAUUUUGUUGGUGCCAUCUCUGGCUUUCUUCCUAUUUCAGGGAUCUUUUUCUCUUACUAUAAAAUUGUUUCGUCCAUUCUGAGAGUCCCAUCCACAGGUGGGAGAUACAAAGCCUUCUCUACCUGUGGCUCCCACCUGUCAGUUGUUUGCUUAUUUUAUGGAACAGGCCUUGGGGUGUACCUUAGUUCAGCUGUCUCACUUUCUCCCAGGAAGGAUGCAGUGGCCUCAGUGGUGUAUACUGUGGUCACCCCCAUGCUGAACCCUUUCAUCUACAGCCUGAGGAACAGGGACAUCAAAAGGGCCAUGUGGAGGCUCUUCAGUAAAACAAUCUAA